AUGGCGCCUCGGCGGGGCAGCAGCGGGCCGGUUCCUGCUGCUGGCAGUCAAGACGUCGCCGGCCAUGGCAUGCCCUUGAAGCAGAGGAUCCCGAUGAGCUUCAAGUCACUACUGGACGGGGCGCGGAAGCUCGCGCUCGGCGGCGGAGACGACGACGGGAAUGGCGAGGGGCACCAGCCCGCGAGCCUCGAGCAGCUCUUCGCAAAGGUCGACCCCGCGGUCGACGGCGAGGACUGCCUGCGCGACUGCGACAGCUGCGUCGUGCACUACCCCAAGAAGUUCAAGAUUGACGAGGCGGACGUGCUGUAUGGCCACGUCAAGGGCUGGAGCACGCACAUCCUCGUGGCGACGGGCAAGGCGGACUGGGUGCGCGAUGUCGCCGACGAGAAGGGGAGCGUGAUGCAGGCUAUCGAGAAGGCGGACAAGCCGAGCAAUGGGAAACUCAUGCUCUCCGCCUCCAACAUCCCAACACCACAUGGCACAAGCGACUACGCCGAGCCUACGACCGUCCUGCUCCUCCCUGCCUUUACUAUCAUUGAGAACGUCACGCCGGCCACCGUGCCCACGCUCAUAUCAGAAUACAUCAACCACGCGCCCACCAACGCCUCGCCCCUCGACCACAUCGCCCUGCCCAAGAGCCUGCGCGCACCCGACGUGCCCGAGCCCGCAGCCAGGAUCGAGCCGCUCCUGAGCCGCCCCUGCCCGCACCGCGCGCUCAUCCUGCUGUGCUCGCAGAAGACGCGCGACGCCCGCUGCGGCCAGUCGGCGCCGCUGCUGCGCAAGGAGCUGGAGCGGCACCUGCGGCCGCUGGGCCUGUACCGCGACCUGGACGACGAGCGGCCCGGCGGCGUGGGCAUCUACUUCAUCUCGCACGUCGGCGGGCACAAGUACUCGGCCAACAUGAUGAUCUACCGGCGGCCGGACGCGUUCGGGCUCGACGGCGUGGAGCGCGCCAAGCUGGGCCCCGGCGAGGCGGCGCCGCUGCCGAGGCGCGCGGACCCCACGCACGACGUCGCCGAGGGCAGCGCCGACGACGUGGGCGCCGCGCAGUGCAUGUGGCUGGCGAGGGUGAAGCCCGAGGACAUUGAGGGCAUUGUCAAGUACACGCUCCUGCAGGGCAAGCUGAUCAAGCCGGAGACGCAGCUUAGAGGAGGCUUUGAUAGAUCGAAAGGCUUGCUAAGUUGGUAG